AUGUCCACAACUAAGGCCUGGAACAGCUCUUCAGUGUCCAUGUUCAUCCUCCUGGGAUUUGCAGACCAUCCAGAACUCCAGACUCUUCUCUUUGUGACCUUCCUUGGUAUCUAUCUUGUGACGCUGGCCUGGAACCUGGCCCUCAUCUUUCUGAUCAGAAGUGACCCCCAUCUGCACACACCCAUGUACUUCUUCCUCAGCAACUUGUCCUUCAUUGACUUCUGCUACUCUUCUACAGUGGCCCCCAAGAUGCUCACUGAUUUCUUCCAGGAGCAAAAGACCAUAUCGUUCUUGGGUUGUGCUGCUCUUUUUUUCUUUGUCUGCAUGGGUCUCACUGAGUGUUUUCUCCUGACUGCCAUGGCAUACGACCGAUAUGCAGCCAUCUCCAAUCCCCUGCUCUACACUGCCAUCAUGUCCCACAGCCUCUAUAUACACAUGGUGCUUGGGGCAUAUGUUGGUGGCUUCCUGAGCUCCCUGAUCCAGGCCAGCUCCAUAUUUCGGCUCCACUUCUGCGGACCCAACAUCAUCAACCAUUUCUUCUGUGACCUCCCACCAAUCCUGGCACUUUCUUGCUCUGACACCUUCCCUAGUCAAGUGGUGAAUUUUCUCAUGGUGGUCACUGUGGGGGGGACAUCAUUCCUCAUCCUCCUCAUCUCCUACAGUUACAUAGGAGCUGCUGUCUUGAAGAUCCGCUCAGUGGAAGGCCGAAGGAAAGCCUUCAACACAUGUGACUCGCACCUGAUGGUGGUGACUCUGUUGUUUGGGACGGCCCUUUUCAUGUACCUGCGACCUAGCUCCUGCUAUUCACUUGGCAGGGACAAGGUGGUGUCUGUGUUCUAUUCGCUGGCCAUCCCCAUGCUGAACCCUCUCAUUUACAGUUUGAGGAACAGAGAGAUCAAAGAUGCCCUGUGGAAAGUGCUGAAGAAGAAGAAAGUGUUUUUCCUAGUUCAUGAUUGA